CGCAAAGACAGUGAGGAACUCCACGUUUCACUUCAUUUAUUUAUUUAUCUAUUUAUUCUGAGCCGUGCUUUGGGAUGAACAGACUGCUUCUGAACUUCUUCUGGGUGGCAGCAUUCAGCGCACUCCUCGCCGCGCCGGGGCUCCGGGCUUCUCCAGUGGUCGGGCAGGAACCGAUCCGCUGCGCUCCGUGCUCCCCGGAGCGGCUUGCCGAGUGUCCGGCGGUGGAUGCCGGCUGUGAGGAGGUGCUUCGAGAGCCGGGCUGCGGCUGCUGCCUCGCCUGUGCGUUGAAGAGAGGUGACCCGUGCGGGAUCUACACUGCGCCCUGCGGCUCCGGGCUGCGCUGCUUGCCGAAACCGGGAGAAGCCCGACCCCUGCACGCGCUCACCCGGGGACAAGCGGUGUGCACCGAGAGCCCCGAGCCUAACCACAGCCAAAGCGAGACAGCACCAGAUCAUCCGGAGUCUCAUAACGGGCCGACGGCAGUCAAUGAAGGCAGCUCCACCGUGUUCGUGACCGGGCACGGAAAGCCCUUCGACCCGCGGAUCAUCACUAAUAAAGAGAGCAUGAAGGCCAAAGUCAACGCGAUACGCAAGAAACUGGUGGAACAGGGUCCCUGUCAUAUCGAACUCCAGACAGCCCUUGACAAGAUCACUAAAUCACAGCAGAAACUGGGAGACAAAUUGACCAGAUUCUACCUGCCAAACUGCGACAAACACGGCCUGUACAAAAUCAAACAGUGCGAAUCAUCUCUAGAUGGUCAGAGGGGGAAGUGUUGGUGUGUGUCAUCCUGGAAUGGGAAGAAGAUUCCUGGAUCAAGUGACCUGCCAGCAGAUGCCGAGUGUCCCGAGGAACUCAACCACUGAUCCGUCACACACAUGUAUAUAACACCACUGAUUUUUUUUUAUCAUUUAUAUAUAUUUUUGAAAUUAUUUAUUUAUUGUUAGUGGUGAUAUUUAAUUCAGGUACACUGUUUUUGAUUGGUAAACUCUCCAAAAAAAAAAGAAAAAAAUGAAAAAGAAAUCUAUUUUUCUGUAAAGAAACGAAUAUGUAUUUUACAUGAAGUACCCACACGUUAUUUAUUUAAAUGAAUGUAUUCAUUUCCAUAUCUGGAUAAGACUAUUUAUUCCCUAUGCCUUAUACAUAUUUUUGUAUGGUGUAAAUCUGUAUAUUUGCUUUAUAUCUCUAACUUCCUUCAGGCUCGCUUUGUUGUAAAGGAAUGAAAUGGAAAAAAAGCACUGCAUGACCAAACCUGUUUGUCACUGUCCGUACAUUGCCAUAUUUUUAUACUGUAUAUGUUUUUUGUAUUAUUUUAUAUUUUACUAAUGAUUUUCUUUAUGUGUAAUGAAUAGAUUGACUUUUUACUUUCAAAAGUAUUGUCUCUUCACAGCUUUUGAAACGGGUAACUGCCUGUUCCUACCUCUGCCUUCUAAGUUGUCUUUUAUUUUAAAUCAAGUGGGCUUAUUAUGUCUGUAAAUUGUCUUGUGUUAUCAAAUCGAUCAUAUUUGUAUUGUCUACAUACUGUGGUAAAUGUGUUUUGUUUAAAGCGAUUCAAUGUCUACACUGAGAAAAAAAGAGACGUUGCCUCACUCCAAAGCUCAUGUGUAUCAUAUAUUUUUCAUGAUUUGUAAUUGUAAGUUGUUGUGGGUAAAAAAAAACAAACUAUUUAAUAAAUCAUCUUUGCAAGCA